UGUUUACCCAGUAGAGGGCAGUGUUGCGGAAGUUAUCGCUGGACAUUUUACUUUGAAAAAACACAAAGCAGUUGUCUUCCUGUUCGUCUUCCUGUUUAGCUGUCUGCUCAUCGGUUGUUUCCUCUGCAUGUUUGACAAAAUAUCCAUGAAGUUUCAAGGACUCUGUGCUGAACUCCAUUCAGCAGGUUCAGAGGAAUUCAGGCUGGUGGGAGGAGCCAGCCGCUGCACUGGCAGACUGGAGAGGAAGGUUCUGGAAGAAUGGAAAGAAGAGUUUGAAGACUAUGAUAAUCUGAGCUGGACUUUGCAGCGUGUGGAUGAUGUGUGUAAAUCACUCAACUGUGGAUCUGUGGUGUCUAUGAGGAGAAUUGAAACGUCUUCUCGUUUUGAGUUUAAUGUAGAGAUCAACUGUUCAGACUCCAUCAGGCUGGUGAACCAUCUGUGCUCAGGCAGGCUGGAGGUGAUGCUGAACGGCUCGUGGUCCUCAGUGAAUGAAGAUGACUUUGACCAGCAGGAUGCAGAGGUGGUCUGUAGGGAGCUGGGAUGUGGGCCUCCAUCAGGCCUCCAGGGGGCGCUCUAUGGAGAAACAGAGGCUCCAGAGUGGAGCAGAGAGUUCCUCUGUGAAGGUCAUGAGUCUGCUCUCCUGAAAUGUAGAAGCUCUGUUCAAAAAUAUUCUGGAAAAGCUGCUGGACUCACCUGCUCAGAUUCUGGAAACAUUCGGUUGGUUGGUGGAGACCAUCGUUGUGCUGGAACACUGAAGAUGAAGUACAAAGGAGAAUGGAGAUCUGUUCAUGGCUACAAUAUUAACAUGGAGUUUGCAGAGUCUGUAUGUGAACUGAUGGACUGUGGUUCACCAAUCACAGUCAGAGAAAGACGACAAGACUCUAGAGAGGAUGUCUGGGGACUGGAUGAUAGCUGUGAUGGAUCUAAUUUAAUGGAGUGUCAGAAAUACAUCGCAUACAACCGUGUUUUUAUUGAGAUCACCUGUUCAGCCCCACCCAAAGGGGAACUUCAGAAAGAGUGGGUUUUUGACGAGUCCGGACGAUCAGGAGUUUUUGGUUACGUCUUCAUGUACGAGCUGGGGGAGCUAUGGAUGUACCAAAGAGACGGUGUGAACCCAACCGGUUGUUUGUUGACAGCGGCGGCGUUAACCUCCAACGACUGGUCCGUGCUCAGACUGACGAUGUUGAAAAAGGAUGACUCAGACUCUGAUGAAGAAGAAGAAGAAGAAGAAAAGGAAAACAAACCACCGUCGGCCAAGCAGACCAAAAUGGAUGAAGAGUCGAGCUCCUCGGACUCCAAAGAACCCCCGAUGACCGGAACUACGUUCAGCGCACUCUGGCGAUCAAAGUCUUCUUCCCGCGAUCAUUAG